CCACCCGAUGGGCAGCGAGGCAGUCAACUCCUGGCCCGGCAGCUACAAGAUUUCUGGAAGAAAUCCCGGAACACCCUAGUACCCCAGCGGCUGCUCUUUGAGGUGACCAGCGCCAAUGUUGUCAAGGACCCGCCCUCCAACUCUACACCCUCGCCGUGAUGGGUCCAGGGCCACCAGAUCGCCAGCCCGCCCAGAUCUCUCGCCGCUACUCAGACUUUGAGCGGCUGCACCGAAAUCUGCAGCGGCAAUUCCGGGGCCCAAUGGCUGCCAUCUCCUUCCCCCGUAAGCGCCUGCGCCGGAAUUUUACCGCAGAGACGAUUGCCCGCCGUAGCAGAGCCUUUGAACAGUUUUUGGGCCACCUACAGGCGGUGCCUGAGCUACGCCAUGCCCCAGACCUGCAGGACUUCUUCGUGCUGCCAGAGCUCCAGCGGGCACAGAGCCUCACCUGUACUGGCCUCUAUCGUGAGGCCCUGGCGCUCUGGGCCAAUGCCUGGCAGCUGCAGACCCAGCUGGAUGCCCCCUCUGGCCCAGAUCGUCCUCUGCUGACCCUGGCUGGGCUGGCUGUGUGCCACCAGGAGCUGGAGGACCCUGUGGAGGCCCGGGCCUGCUGUGAGAAGGCCCUGCAGCUGUUGGGAGACAAGAGCCCCCAUACUUUCCUGGCACCCUUCCUAGAGGCCCAUGUCCGGCUCUCCUGGCGUCUGGGCCUGGACAAACGCCACUCAGAGGCCCGGCUCCAGGCCCUGCAGGAAGCAGGCCUUACCCCCACGCCACCCCCCAGUCUCAAAGAAUUGCUCAUCAAGGAGGUGCUGGGAUAACCCUUGGCUAGUCUUAAGGCCACUGUGGGGAGAAGGGCUGCCCCAGGAUUUGGGGGGGCAGGGGACUGAAGAGGAGAACAUGGAAAGCAGCUAGAAGGCUGCAUACUGAGAGCCCUCAGAAGUUCCACAGAGAAUUUGCAGUGGACGGAAGAAAUGUUGUUGUUGAGAUGGGCUCAGGACAAGCUUUGGCUGGGGGUUGGUACCCAGGGAAUGGUACAUGGAGGAAGGCUGACACAGCCCCUCCAGCUUAUUCGCAGCCAAGUCAGGCUGAACGCGCUCUUUUCCUUGGCCUCCAAGCCAGCAAGGCAGCCUGGCUGAAGUCUUGCAGUUGAGAGCCAGAAGAAGGGCUGUAGUUUUGGCCCAGGGAAAUUAAAGGCCAGCCACUCCAA